AUGUCAGUGUCACUGUGGUGCCCCGAGGAAGAGCAGACUCCGGUGGAGCAGACUCCGGCGGAGCAGACUCCAGCCGUCCUGCGGGCCCCAUGGGACCCCCACGCCUCGGGCCAGAGGGUGAUCCAGAGGCUGCUGCAGGCGGAGACCAGGUACCUGCCCUCGGCCCUCUACACCGCACUCAUCCAGAGAGAGCCUGAGCGCAGAGAGGAGCUCACCAAGUGGGCCAUGGAGGUGUGCUGUGAGUGUGGCUGUGAUGAGGCCGUGUUCCCUCUCUCCGUCUCUCUACUGGACCGCUUCCUGUCCGCCUCCUUGGCCCUGCCCGUCUCACCCUUCUGCCUGACGGCCACCUGCGUGCUGCUGGCCUCCAAGCUGACCGAGAGCGACACGGUCACAGCCGACGCACUCUGUGCCUCUGCUGAGUACGACUUCAUGCCCUCGCACCUGCGGGAGAUGGAACGCAUUGUCCUGGCAACACUUCGGUGGGACGUCGCCGCGGUAACCCCUCAGGACUUCAUGCCACACUUCCUCUCCUCACUUGGCGAGCAGAGAGAUGGGGCCCCGGACUCUGGGGUCUUUCUGACCACACUGCGGCGCCACAGCGACACACUGGUGGCCAUGUGUGUGUGUGACUCCCGCUUCCUGGGAAGCCCUCCCUCACUGGUGGCCGCGGCUGCUGUGAACUCUGCCCUCAGAGGUCUGACCACAGAGAGUCCAGAGCAGCUUGGUUACAUGGCCGCCACACUAGCUGCACUUUGUCAGACUGACUUGGCAGUAUUGCAGUACUACAGUGAUGUGAUAGAGGGCGCUCUCCAAGAGCGCCUGCGAAACCGUGGCCGUCGGGGGGAGACAAAAGGUGAAGCGGAGGAAGAGGUCGAGGACGAAAGAGCAGGCACCCCGACAGACGUGCGAGAGAUCGAUUUUUAA